AUGAUGAAUUUGAAUGAGGAAUAAAUCACUUUAGAGAGUGAUGCUCUUGACUUAAAUAUUUAUUCAGUAAAAAGUAUAUUAAUAAUCAUAAUUAUGAAUGCUAUUAGUUCUGCAGAGAAUAAUCUUUUAUGGAAUGGGGAGAAUGUAUAGGACGAGUUUUCAAGGCCAAUCGGUUUGCAUUUGCAAUUCUGCCAGCUUGAGGAUCUAUAAAAAAACACAUACGAUGACAUAAAUGCAUUAUCAAGUCCAACGAUCAAUAGGAAGGAAGUGGAGCAUAAAAGUGCGUUGCGAUCAUCAUAGGGGUCUGUAUUUAGAUUUUUGAAAAUAUUGCAAAAAAAAACACAAUAAUUGAAGGAGAACAGAAAUAAGCUAUCCUUCUUUCAAAAGAUUUAUUAGGAGAAAAUACUGCAUUCGGAAUAUAGCAAACAACAAUAAACUUAAAGCAAAUAUGUUUUUGAUCCAACAAAUUUUUUAGCUUUAGUUUUUUAAUUUCUUAAAUGUUUAGUUAUAUUUUUAUUACUUGUGAUUAUAACCUAUUUUUGGAGUUUUGAUGAUAUGAGACAUUUGGUUGACAAUAAUAACUAUUUUUAUAUCGUGAUAAUAUUGUUAAUAGACAUAUCACUGCAAUUCAAUUUAGCAAUAAUAAUUCGAGGAUAAAUAAUUUAUGAUCGAAUAAUCAUUUUUAAAAAGUACAUUUCAAGACAAUUUUUUGAGGACAGUAUUUUUUUGGUUUCCUUGGUAUUAAUUAUUCACACAUCUUAGUUAAUUUUUGUAAUAAUAUUUUAUGUUAAUGGUAUUGGAAUGCUCGUUAAAAUCAUAAGAAAACUUGAGGAUACAUUUGAUCUGAGUGUUAAAACAACAGAACUCUUGAAAUUGUGGAAAUUGCUCUUUUUCAUAAACCUCUUGGCUCAUUUUAUCGCAUGUAUUUGGCAUUAUAUUGGAUUGAAUACAAUUGAUGCCAAUAAUAAUUGGUUGGAUUCGAAACAGAUAAGAGAUGAAACUAAUUUUAUAAAAUACAUAUACUCCUUUUAUUGGUCAGUUGUUACAAUGGUGACAGUUGGAUACGGAGAUAUCACUCCACAAAAUUACAUAGAAAUGAUAUUAUGUGUAAUAAUAAUGUUUCUAUCUUGUGGAGUGUAUGCUUAUUCGUUGAAUACGAUAGGACAAAUAAUCUCAAUCUUGAAUCAUGAAUCAGACAGAUUAGAGAGGAGUUUUAGAACUCUAAAUAAAUAUUUUAGAUAGCACAACAUUAAGGAUGAAUUGCAAAGUCGAAUCAAAAACUAUUUGGAGUACAAAUUAAAAGAGGAAGAAAAAUCGAAUUAAAGUGUAUAAUUCCCAUAAUCAUCUUAGGUUUACAAAAUUCUCGAUUAACUGUCUAAUCAUCUGCGAUUUAAAAUCAUAUCUGAGAUCUAUUAGAGCAUGCUCUAAAAAUGUCCUUUAUUGUAAACUAACUUCUCAAAAUCUACUCUUCAGAAUUCAACUAAUUUACUUGAAACCUUGAAUUAUGAACCGGAUGACAUAAUAAUUAAUUAGUAUACUGAGAACGAGAAUGCUCUCUAUUUUAUUGAUUAAGGUACUGUAGAAAUAUGUGAACAAAGAACUAAGACUUAAUUGAUGGAAUUCACAUCUGGGGAGUCUUUUGGGGAAUAUGAAUUCUUCACUAAUUCUUAGGCUGCCUUCACAUAUAAGUGCAAGAGUCACACAAGAGUGUUCAAGCUUUCACGAUCCAAAUUACUAGAAAUCCUCAAUAAGGAAGACUUUGAAAUCUUUCAUUAGAUUAAACAUUCUUUUGAAUUCAACAUUCCUGUGAAACAUGCCUAGUGUAUCAUAUGCCAUCAAAAUGAUCAUUUCAUUCAUAAAUGUAAGUUAUUGUACUAUAUUCCUGACAUUUCUAAAAUGGUCAUCAGAUAACAAAAUUUCAAGCAGAGGAGGGAAUUUAAGCAAAGAAGAAUGCAAAGAGCAAAUACCUUCUCUCUUUUAGCUUAAAUCUAAGAAAAACAAUUUGAAUAUUAUCAACAAUAUAUUUAGGAAUAUUCCUAAAAGGAACUUUUGGAUGAUGAAAAUGUAAUAAUAGGGGCUGACUCUCAAAUUACUUCAUUGAUGUACAAUACGCUAAAAGCUUCUGAGAUUUAAAUCCAAUAAAAUCAAAUGGAUUAUGGAAAGGAUAUGCUCAAUAAAAAUAGCCCAAGGAAAUUGAAUUCUCUAAAUGUCAAGACAAAAUAAUCUCUACCUGAGACAGGUCUACAAAUUGAGACGCAAAACAAACUGAAGAAGUCUUCAGUCAAAAUACUAGACGGGCCCUAAAAUUAAACAAUGGUUUUUGAUAGGAUGAAGGACUAUAAUUAGUAUUUUAGUGAAAACAAUUAUGAAUUGCAAAUCCGUAGGUACAAUUAGAACUAUAUUGAACGAGGCUUUCUAUCUUCAAUUAAGAAAAGAACAGGGAGGGCGAUGAGAUUUAUUUAACUAUGA